UAUUAAGUUCUUAAUCACCUGACCAAUUGCAUAGAACCUUUAUUUUGGUCGUCAUUGUCCGCAGUCUUAAAUUAUUAUUUUGUCAGGACGUGUUUAGUGAACAGUAUCUGAUCAAGUUAGCGAGAUAUUUUUUCGUAUAUAAUGUAUGGUACUUUUCCGUCGCUCUCACCAUUGGCCCGUUGAAAGAUGAUCAUGCCCUGAUCCUUCUGAAAGACCAAACGAGCCGAUAAAUCCCUCUCAAUUUAACACUGCUUGGGGGCAUAGUGCAUUUUCACUGGCACCGUUGUUCGUUCAAAAACAUUUGUCGGCGAGCGAAUGCAGCCUGUAACACUGAGUCAGACUCGUUACUCCAGCGCUGAGGUUGAGCGUGUCCGCGUCACAAAGUGCAGGAUGUCGGGGCAGCUGCGCGUGGCGGUCGUGGGCGCCGGGGGGGCGGGGCUUUGCGCCGCUCGCCACAUCCUGUCCCGCCAGGGCGUUUUCCGGCCCCCGGUAGUGUACGAGCUCUCCAGCGCGGUGGGCGGGACCUGGGUGUACGAGGACUGCACAGGCUGCCAUGAAAACGGACUGCCCAUUCAUAGCAGCAUGUACCGGGACCUCAGGACCAACCUGCCCAAGGAGGUCAUGAUGUUCCCAGAUUUCCCCUUUGACCCCCAGCUGCCCUCCUUUCUGCCCCAUCAGGAAGUGCUGCGAUACCUGGAGAGAUACAGUCAGCACUACGGUAUCACCCCUCACAUCCGGUUUGAAACAGUGGUGGAGGAAGUGAAGCCAGUCACCAUGGAGACGGGGGAGGGAAAGCUGACGUGGGAGGUGACAUCAUCAGGUGGGCAGUGUGGACGAAGGACAGAGACGUUCGACGCCGUGUUUGUAUGCAACGGUCAUUACUCUGACCCCCACCUGCCCUCCAUCCCAGGACUGGAACACUUUAAAGGCACCCUGUUACACAGCCACUCCUAUCGCUACCCAGACCCUUUCGCUGGCCAAUCAGUGGUGGUGCUGGGGGCGGGACCGUCAGGAUUGGACAUCUCCUUUGAACUAGCAAGCGUCAACGCCCAGGUCACUCUGAGUCACGGCAGACCCCCCCUGCAGUUCCCCCUGCCCCCCCAGAUCCAGCAGGCCCCCCCGGUGUGCAGGGUGCUGAAGGACGGGGCAGUGCAGUUUCAGGACGGGGAAGUGGCCCACCCCCAAGUGCUCCUGCUCUGUACAGGCUACAGGUUCAGCUACCCCUUCCUGGACCCGACGCAGCUGGGCCUACAGGUGCAGACUCACCUGGUCUCCCCGCUCUACAAGCACCUGCUGCCGCCUGCCUGCCCCUCCCUCUUCAUCGUAGGCGUGUGCAAGGUCAUCUGCCCCUUCCCCCACUUCCAUUCGCAGGUGCAGUUUGCUCUGGCGGUACUAGAGGGCACCGUUUCCCUGCCCUCGAAGGCAGAGAUGGAGGAGGAGGUCCAGAGAGAGAUGGAGAGGAAGCUGGCGGAGGGGGUGAAGCCCCAGCACCUGCUCAAUUUGGAGUGGAGCCAGUGGGAGUACUACCAGGCCCUGGCAGGCAUGGGGGGGUUCAGCCCCCCUCCCCCCGUCACUCAGAGUCUGUAUGAGGAAGUGCGGCAACAGAGGCAGAGACACCCGCAGAAAUACAGGCAGCUGAACUAUCGACUCAUCAGUGACACGCAGUGGGAAGAGGUGGAACUGCAGCCUAACAGGCCGGAGGACUGGGACAGAGUGACUGAGACACAGGAGAAGGAGAGGUUGGAGAGAAAUGUGGAUUAAAACCCUGGAGCAGAUAAGGGACACUGAAUGCAACAAGCGCGAAUCCACAAUAGCUGCGACCGCACACACGCAUACAUCCAUGUGUGUGUGCAUCCACGCACACACCCUCACAAACACCUGACCUCUUCUUUGGCUCAUGGCCAUUUUGUUUCACAGCAGCUGAACGUAACAGUUCUAGUGAACAGGCUCAAUUAGUGAUUUCAACACAGAAACUGAGUAGGUGGCAAGACUGAGGUUAACGCUCCUGUGAGAAAAGCCAUGAUAAUGUGCUUUUAGAGAGCUCAGCAUAACACCUGAUGGAUGUUCAAAACCUUUUGAAAACAUUCAGUCAUUGUUUUCAAAGGUACAGAGAUCAUAGUGGAAAUGUAUUCCUACCUAACAUUAAAGCAAGUAUUGUGUUUAAACAUAAAAUAUGAAAAGGAUAAUGAAACAAAUUUUUAGAUAAUUAAAGCUUUGAAAAUCAUAGUGUUUUUCAAAAUGCCAACGCAAAAGACGUUUCAGAAGAAAAUGCGAGAGAGGUUUUUUUAAAAAAUAGGAUCAGGUAGACAUAGUCCAAACAAUAAUAAAAUUAAUUGCAAUUAAA